UAACCGACUUGUUGACAAUGUUGUGUUAAAAAUCACAUCCCAAAAGGAUAUUUAAUUCAUUAUGUCCAGCUUAGUAAAAGCUUCUUGAUUAGUAAUUCCUGUAGGCUAGACAGGCGACUCUUUAACAGUUUCCUCCUUAUGUUUCAAUGGGAAAAGGUUGGUCAGUUUGUAGCUUGUGAGACAACAGCCAUCCAUCAGAUCAGGUUUCUGUACCACCAUCAGAUGAUAAUCUUCAUGCUGGUAAGGGCUGAAUAUUUCUUUUGCCUACCCCAGAUUCUGAGCUUAUGUACACUCCGACAGCUUAAAUAACUCUUGCAAAUAGAUAAUUUAAGGCAGAUUGAAGCUGACUAGAGUGUAUGUUCCUGCUGUGUUUGUAAAGGGUGCUAUUAGACAUUAUAAGGACUCCUCUUGCCUAUCUCCAGCCAUAAAGGAGGCUAUGUGUUAAUCUGAUCAUUUAGGCUUUCCCCCAUAGUCAGUGGUGAUCUCUCCCAUUUUCUACUUCUCUCUGAAGAUUAAAUUGCUCUGGAUGUGCCCCUCUGACUGUAACAGAAGCAGCAGUGACUAGAGCAUAGCACAGAAUUCGUCUUACGUCUAGGCAUCCAGCAUGUGCUACAGUGCAAGCAGCAUGUUGUCCUGCAACCGCUUACAAAUUGGAGUUUGUUUCUCAUUGUAGGAGCUCUCCCAACUCAGCAUCACUCUUCCUGAUCAAGUUAGCUUUAGCAGUGCCCUCACUGGUCCUUGGGAGACCACUGUGCCGUAUAUGCCAAUUAAAACUGUUUCAAGAUUUUUCCAGAUAAAAAGGUUUUACAAGCUCUAAAAUAGAUGAGAGUCAAAUAUAUUUCCUUAGUUGCUGAAUGCAUUGAAGCUCUAGCAGGGCUCUAGGGACUCAUCCUUUCUUCGUUGUUGCCUCCCCAUCUUGAACCAUUGGCUCCUACAAACAUGUAGUCCGAGUCCUGAAGCACAGUACAUGCAAUAGAAAUACGGUGUGGCCACCACAAUAAUUAAGAGCAAUCAAGACUCCUUUCACUUCCCUAUCUGGCGCAGCAGCAGCAGCAGUGACUAGAAUUAACAAUAUAAUGCUUAAUUCACUAAAAAGUUGAAGGCAUAAAAGACUGCAAGAACAGACAAGACUCUAGUAAGCUUCUGCUACAUUCAUCUUAAAGGAGAUCAGCUUCACUGAGGAACAGGUACAGUAAUGUGGCAGGGCUCUUUUCAGAUUGCUUCAGUGAUGAACACAGGUAUUUUGAGACUUUUGCUCUGUGGCUUUCAGCCUCAUCAUUUGUUUUAUUUUUCUAAAAAGAUUCUUCAAAUCACACAAAGCUAACUAUGCAGAGAAGAAGAAAAGAAAUAGAGGCGUAUCAACAAUUGACAGAAACUACUGAGAUGACUCUGACAGCUGGAGACAUGCACAGACACGGGGAAGUCUAAGCACGCAGAUAAGCUGUGUUUUGCCUACGCCCAGCUCAGACGCAGCGCAGCUUCCGAGAGUUACAGAAGCACUGGAUCUCUGAGUAACUCCCUUCAAAAAAUAUUCACGAUGUUCCUUGCUAAAGCUUUGCUGAGUGGAGGAAGCGGUAGUGGUAGCGGUCGUGGAGGGAGCCUUGCACGUGGCCUUGGAGAUCUCCUAACAGGAGGCGGACGUGGAGCCAAUAUUGGAGGACUCGUUGGAGGUCUUGUCAAUCUUAUAAGUGAAGCAGCGGCUCAGUAUAAUCCAGAGCCACCUCCACCUCCUCGCAAUCAUUUUACAAAUGUGGAGGCUUAUGAAAGUGAGGAGAUCAGACAGUUUCGUCGCCUUUUUGUCCAGCUGGCUGGAGAUGAUAUGGAAGUGUGUGCCACAGAGCUAAGGGACAUCCUAAACAAAGUCGUCUCCAGACAUCAAGACUUGAAGACAGAUGGCUUUAGCUUAGACACAUGCCGUAGCAUGGUAGCAGUCAUGGAUAAUGAUACAAAUGGCAAACUGGGCUUUGAAGAGUUUAAGUAUCUGUGGAACAACAUCAAGAAAUGGCAGUGUGUGUACAAGCAGUAUGAUACUGAUCAGUCAGGCACUGUUGGGAGACCUCAGCUGCCAGGCGCCUUGAAGGCUGCAGGGUUCCACCUGAACGAACAGUUCUGCCAGGUAAUCGUGCGCAGGUAUGCCGACGAGGACGGCAGCAUGGAUUUCAACAACUUCAUUAGCUGCUUGGUACGACUGGACAGCAUGUUCCGGGCCUUCAAGUCCCUGGACCGAAAUGGAGAUGGGCAUAUCAAAGUGACCAUUGAAGACUGGCUGCAGCUGACCAUGUAUUCGUGAAGGCACAGCAAAGAAGAAUAAGCUUUGUCUGGAAGAUACACAUGGAAGACUACAAUCCUGUACAAUAGAACUAUAGUCUUUUCCUUGGUCUAAGGCAGAUAUAGCUAGCGGUAGAUAGCCCAGCUUAAAAGUGUUGUGAUUCCUUCUGUGCAUGCAUUAGGCUGCUUUUCUGAAGGGUUUGUGUAAGUUGUCAGUUGGACAGCUGCAUAAGUCUGUCUCUAGACUCUGAAGAGAGGGAAUACAUUGGAGGAUCAAAGCUUAGUCAUUUCCUCACAUAGAGUGGUAUGCAUAUGAGUAGAACUAUUAUAUAAAAAGCUCAUAAAUUUGGCAUUGUUGUUACUGUUCUGAUUUGUCAGCAUUUGCUAAGCUGCAAUAAAGCUCUGUUUGCCUGAAGGCAAUCGCUAGUGAAGAGAAUUGUGCAGUUAUUUCUAACAAGGGGGAGAACAUGAAAGUUGCAAUAACUAUGGUGAUCAAUGAAUUUACAUAAUCAUAUUUAAUUUCCUUCCUAAUUCUGUUGUUUCAUGCUUGUCUGCUGAAGCAAAACCUGCAUAUUAUUGUCAGUUGUACCUGCUGGCCAGGACAAAAUUGAAGAGUUAUAUAAGGCUACUUUUACAACCUCUUCUCCUUCCUACAGUUCUAUGAACUAGUCUUUUCUCUCUUUCCUUCAAGCCUUAUUAUAGUUAUAAUGAAAACAGCUUAAAAUACUACAUGUAUAUUUAGGGAAGGUUGCUGUAAUAACGCAGUCACAUAGCAGCCAGCCAGCCAAAAUCAACCUCUGACUAUCUGAGUUAAAUGUUAUCAGGGUGCAGCGUCCCACUCAAGCUAGCCACGCAGUUCUGUCUAAGAUGUCAGCUUUUGAGUAAAAGAAAAAGGAAUAACAUGAACUGUAAAAGGUACAUUUCUUGGAAUUAAGGAUCACAUAGUUGACGAAAACAGCUCUUGCACUGUAAUGUAACAUGGCUCUGCUGCUUUAAAAGAAAAUUGUCUAGGGUGUAUGCUAGCUGACUGGAAUGUGAAAGGAUGAGUUGAGUAGUUAGUGCGCAGAUGUAAGAGUCCACAUGCCCCUGCCCCUCCCCAGGGAGACAUCAGUGAAUAAUUGAGAAAUACCACACAAUAUCUGCAGGGCAUCUGAAUGCUAAUGCGGUACUGUGGUUUGGUUUGGUUUCUAAAUUUCCAUAGCUUUGAUUUCUAAAUCUUGCAGUUACAAUUGGCAAACAGUAUUUUCCAAACCGAUGAAAUCUCCUCCCUGGUGUACUUGCAGAAGCGUUUUACUUGCAGCUUAGGAAAAAGUAACUUACAACUUUUGCCCCAACUUUCUUUCUCUUUUCUCCUGCACUUUGUUUAAUACCAAGCUGGGUGACAGAAACAGUAAAAAUAUUCAUAAUGUGCAAAUUGUGAUGAAAGAGCUCAGUUCCUUCCUGAUGGCAUUCACCACCCUCCCAGUUAGUCAGUGGAAAAGGACACAGUUAUCCGCAGUGGCAUUUGGGCUCUGAGUGAUGGAAGAGCGAGCACAGGGGAAUGUGUGAUACCUCCAGGUGAGCACCAUCCUACCAGGUAAUUCCCCUUUCUGACUAGUUAGAACCUGCACAUAGCUACAGACAGUGGAAAUUACAGAGCUACAGGAAUAGCCUCCUACAUGAUGAGCCUGGACAUGAGCACAAGUGGGGCAUCUGCAGUUCCUCCCCAAAAUGGUCCAGUUGUAGCUUCUCUGUGGUAGCCGUGUAAGCGACUCAGGCUUUACUUAGCUCAACAUGAGUGACUAGCACAUGCACACAUACGCAGUUGAUUUUUCCCGUUGCCUGACACAGUGAGAAAAAAGUUGAGGCAGUAGUACUUUAAACUUUAUUGACUGCACCUGUCUUGCGGUCCUUGUGCAGCUCUAAAUGGAGACUGCUUCUGACAAUGCAAAUUUUCUUGUUUCCAAAAGCGUAAGAUUUACUGCAUUAUAUUAAAAAAAAACCCAACAACAAAACCUUAGUUGCCGUAGCCUGCUAUAGUGAAAACAGUAGCAGAAAACUGGUUUCCUUAAAGAAAACAAGGGCUGUUGAGCUUACACUAUGUUUUGAUUAUUUUCUAUAACACAAAUACAAACAUCUAAAUAUUGAUGUUUUACUUUGCUGUUUAGAGAAUUGGAGCUCAGCUCACAUGUUGCUGCUUUAAAAUAUUCUGAAGUGCGUAGGCUGCAAACACAGGUAGAUAUGUGUAGAAAAACUACUGCCAGGGCUUGUUUGCAGUGGUGCUACACGAGCACUGAAGGUUCUCCUGCAUUUUCAGCUUAACUCCCAUCUCUUUUUUUUCCAGGCAACAACCCUAUCAUUUUUCCUCAACCAAAAAUGCCAGAGCAUUUGGAAGUUAGCCAGCGUCCUAGGGUUUAGUAGAGCUAGUCACAACAUGAUCUUGCAAGUACAGUAACUUUAUAUCCUACUCAAGUGGCUGGAGUUCUGUCUGUCAGGUUGCACUCAGUUUUGAUUACUGGGUUUUAGCACUUAAAUGAAAGUAAUGUGACCCUUAUUAGCUUUUGUCAUUUUUCCACGUGCAGACACAGCUGUGUUAACUUGUUGCAGAAUUUGUUUAAUGAGACUAUUUUAGUUAAAGUUUACUUUCCAAUUCUUUUCUUGUGAUACAUAUUCUUAACUUUAAAAAUAAAUUAAAAAAAAUAUUCUGAUCGCAUCACACAAUUCUUUGCUAAGAAUACAGCCUACAAAACUGUCCAAAAAUAAUAUUCCAUGGAACUUUGAACAAUUAUUAUCUACACUCUUGCUUCAGUUGUUUUAAGUUUAUAAUGAUAUAUUUUAAAGUUCAAUCUGUUAUCUCUGUUAUGAGAACUAUGACGUGGCCAAAACAUUUAAAGUCAAACUGUGCAGUAUGGUGAGAGCACAGAUUUGUAAAUAAAACAGCAUUUAUGAGAGACCAUUGUCCUUUUCUGAUGAUUAAAAGCUGUAAAAAAUUAUAUCCCUUAGACACACACGAAAGUAACUUAAAGAUUAUUCAUAUCUUUCCUAAAAAGUUUCCCUAAAAUUCACAGGAUUUUAAAGCACAAGAUCUUCAAAGUUUGCAUGUCUUCAAAAAAGACCGGUUAGACCAUCAAUAUAAAGAAAUAACAAUUGUAUGUGCAAAACAGUCCUGAAGUGGUUUUGAAGGCUAAAUAAAGUUGUAUCUUAGCAGUUUUUUAUCCUGUCAAAUACAUAGCUUGAUAAAGAAAAAUUAGUACUGAACACAUUAUUACACAUACUGUGUUAAUCAAGAACUAUCUUAAACCCUACAUUCAAUAACAGAAAUACCUACUUCAUAGAACCCAAGAUUUUCAAAGCACUCUACAGAGCAGCCUUAGCGUUUCUCCACUGGCAAGCUCCACAUUCUACUAUUCAGGACCAGAAAGCCACAAACAGAAAGGUUAAGGUUGGUAUGCUCAAGUGGGCAUUGGAGUUUGGUAGAAGAGACAGAAAUAGAAUCUAGAUCUGGCUGUUCACCACAGAUUUACCCAGGAGACCACCCCUCUCUUGCUUGUCUGAAAAAGUUUUGUGCUAUUCUCAGACUUGGGGAGUCAACUUUUUAAUUUUUUUUUCUUCUUGGAAUGUACAACACAUUAACCACAAAGGGAACUCUGCUUUACACUUUUGCUUGCUUUUAAUAUGUUUUUGAUGACUGCCCUUAUUGUCGAUGUUCCAAACUGUGAGCUAGUAGCCAUCUCCACGAUGCUUUCAUUAACUACCCUGUGUCCGUUGCCUAACUCUCACAUACGGCUUUUCUCCAGACAGAAUGUUUCCCCAAAACCCCAAGAAAUUUUCAGUGUCGUCACAGAAACACUAUUGACUUAAGCAUGUAUUUCAACAGGCAUCUCCCAUUUUCCCUAUCUGCAAAUAUAAUGCAGCUUAUGUAGAAUUAAUCACAAAUCCCAUCAAAGCAAGCUUCAAAUGUUUUGUUGAUGCAGCUUUGUAGUUAACGCAUGGAAAUGUUCCUUCAGAUCAAAACUGGAAUUAUCAGAGAGGCUGUUACAAUGAAUUCAUUGCAUUUCUGGCUUAAAAGGUGGGACGGUGUAUUGGCUUCAAAAUAGUAUGUAGGGCAAUGCAUUUGCUUCAAAGAAAGGCUUAAGAUAGACCAUGUAGAUUUACUGCAUCAGGCUGUCCUUUUGCUGGCAUAUAUUUUAUUGCUGAAGGUUCUUAGGAAGAAUUAACUCAAGGCAACAGCUUCACUGUUGGCCUGUUUAUUCUAGGAUGUUGCAUGGGUCUCUGAACUUCAAGCAAGUGCCGGUGCUACAUGAACUGUUACAGUUACCUUAAACACCUCAGUUCUUGUUUGAGACUUCUGGGAGUUCCAUAUACCUAAGCAAAACUUGUGGGUUGUUUUAAAUCUUCUGUUUUGUUUAGCUGUUUAUAAGACAGAAAUUGAUACCCAGUUUUCAUCUGUUGAAGAUACGUACAUUGCUAUGUCAGCCCUUGUAUUAUAUAUAUUUAGCAAGCUGUUAGUAUUUUUUCCAGGAAGAAUAAAUAGCUCUAGUGUUGUAAACUGUCUUAAUGCAUGUUGUAUAGUUGAUUUGUACAACAGCUUUUAAAGUGAUUUGCAAUAUCAGCUAUAACUACUGCCAUGUGUAUUUUG